AGUCAACAGACAAAGAUGUUUUGUUGUUGUAUCCGAACUUUUGGAGGAGCUGGGCUCAAAAAAGCCCAGAAAGAGAAUCUUUUUCGUCAUUGCCGACGUUGGCUCAGCCCUCAUCCCCGAUACCUCUGGGCAUCUGGCAGGAGGCAGCGAAAGGUCACCUUGCCUGGUUCGGAGCUGAGCUGCCGUGACCCUCUUUCCCUUGCCCGGUGUGAGCUUCUGGAGGCCACUGAGGCAGAGCCAGAGGCGCCAGCUGCAGAGCUCCAGCCGGCGGCAGAAGCAGGGCAGUGGACAGUGGUGGAGGUAGAGCUGGCUCCAGCUCCGUCAAUACCACCCCCUCUAGCGCUGGAGCCAGCGUCCCCUCCCUCAGCAGUGUUGGAGCUGGAGCAAGGGCCCACGUCGGCUGCAGCAGGAGUGGGAGCUGCUGAGCUGGAGUCACCUGGACCAUCACUUCUAGUGGGAAGUCCAUCUCCACCUGUGGCCAUUAAGGAGGGUGAGAAGAAGCCUAACCUCACGGCCUUCCCUCCUAAGCUGGUGGCGGAGCAGUUGACCGUGAUGGAUGCGGAGCUCUUCCGGAAGGUGGUGCCCUCUCAGUGCCUGGGCUCCACCUGGGGCAAGAGGAACAAGCCCGGCAAUGAGCACCUGGCACCCACCGUCCAGGCCACCGUCGACCACUUCAGAAGGGUGGUCAGCCUCGUCGUCACCACCUGCCUCGGGGACCCGAACAUGACAGCCCAGGACAGGGCGAGGGUGGUGGAGCACUGGAUCCAGGUGGCCCAGGAGUGCGAGAUCCUGAAGAACUUCUCCUCGCUCCGUGCUGUCAUCUCUGCUCUGCAGAAAACCUCCAUAAGCCACCUGAAGAACACGUGGGCGGAUGUUUCCCGGAGGGGCCCUCCACGUUUGCCCCCCCGGAGAUCAUCCCCCAGAGAGUGCAGGAGAAGCAGCAGCAGCAGCAGCAGCAGGAAUACCGAGUCAUGAGGGAGAUCCUGUUGCUCCAGGUGGCUUCAAAGAAUUACAACCUAGAGCCCGAGGAUCGAUUUGGGGCCUGGUCCCAGGACAUGAAGCUGCUCAACGAGAGUGAAAGCUACAGCCUGUCCUGCCAGCUGGACCCCCAGGCCUAGUUGGCCUGCAGAAUACUCAAGGCUCAGAAGAACCGGCCACCAUCAAGGUCAGGGGUCAAAGACCAAGGGCAGAGGUCUUCCAGAAGUCAAGUCUAAUCUACCUAUGGAUGUGGCAGACUUAGCUA